AUGAAAACAGCUGUGGCCAAAGAUGUACCCACAAGAUACUAUCUGCUAUCAGUAGAUAGUAGAAAUUCAGAAAAGCCGCUGCCGCCAGAAAGCAUGGAGGAUGGGAAACUCUGGGAUCCCCCGUCAGACACAAGCAGCACCCCAAAAGAUCACAAAAGAACCCAUGAAUGCUCAGAGUGUGGGAAAUUUUUUAGUCUCCACUCCCUCCUUUUGACCCACAGGAAGGUCCAUGUGGGAAGUGGAUCCAGUCAAGGUUUGGAGGGUGAGAAAUCUUUCUCUGGGAAAAACUCCAAAGAUCUCAGGAGCCCCCCAACUCUAAAACCCUAUAAAUGUGAGGAAUGUGACUUAUGCUUUCGGCAAAAGUCAUACCUUCGUGCACAUCAGAAAAUCCAUACUGGAGAGAAACCUCAUCAAUGUCUGGAAUGUGGGAAAUUUUUCCGUAAAAAAGCCUAUCUCAGAAGGCACGAGAGCAUUCACAUAGAGGAGAAAACUUACAAGUGCUGGGAAUGUGGGAAGAGCUAUUCUCAGGAGUCAUGUCUUUGGCGUCAUAAGAAGAUUCAUUUGGGAAUAAAGCCUUACAAGUGCUUUGAAUGUGGGAAUGGUUUUACCCGGGGUUCAUCUCUUCGCAGUCAUUUGAAAAUACACACAGGGGAGAAAAACGAAAAGUGCCACGAAUGUGGGAAAUGUUUUAUCCAGAAAUCAUCCCUGAUGCGACAUCAGAGAAUUCACACCGGAGAGAAACCCUAUGAAUGCCCAGAAUGUGAGAGACGAUUUGUGGAUUCUUCUGACCUUCGGAGACACCAGAAGAAGCACGAGGGGGGGAAAGCCCAUCGAUGCGGGGAGUGUGGGAAAAGUUAUUUUACACAACGAGAGGUCCAGGUUCAUGAGAGAAGCCACAUGGGGGAGAAGAUAUUCAAAUGUGGAAAGUGCGGGAAGAGUUAUCUUACACAAGGAGAGAUCCAGGUUCAUGAGAGAAGCCACACCAGGGAGAAGGCAUUCAGAUGUGAGGAGUGUGGGAAAUGUUUCUUCCGAAAACACCACCUGGUAAGGCAUCAUAAAACCCACACAGGGGAGAAGCCAUAUCAAUGCAAUGAGUGUGAUAUAUGUUUUUCACGGAAAUAUUCUCUUGUGAUGCAUCAACGAAUCCACACUGGGGAAAAAAUGUCUGCAGUGUGGGAAAUAUUUUUCCCAACCUUCAGCACUUCGCAUUAUGAAGUGCUCAUUAUAGAGGGUCACACAACCAGUGACCAGUCUAAGAUCUGGAGAUAUCUGAAUUUUAAAAAAAUCCCAAUUGCGGGAAUGGAUGAGAAAAUCAGAGCGAGGCAGCAGCUGCCAAAAAGGAUGGAGGGAGGGAAACCCCCGGAUCCCCCAUCAGACACAAGCAACACUCCAAGUAACCAAGGAACCCAGGAACACCCAGAGGGUUGGAUAUCCUUCCCUCUCUGCUGCAUCGUUUUGACCCACCAGAAGGUCCAUGUGGGAAGCGGAUCCAGUCAAGGUUUGGAGAACGUGGAAUCCUCCUCUGGGAAAGAAGCCGAAGGUCUCAGAAGCCCCCCAGAACCAAAACCUUAUAAAUGUGAGGAAUGUGACUUACCCUUUGAUCAAAUGUCAAAGCUUCUGAGACACCAGAGAAUCCACACCGAAGAGAAACCUUAUCAGUGUCUGGAAUGUGGGAAACGUUUCCGUGGAAAAGGCAGCCUCAGAAGCCACGAGAGGAUUCACACAGGGGAGAAACCUUACAAGUGUUGGGAAUGUGAGAAGAGCUUUUGUCAGGAGGCAAGCCUUAGGGCCCAUGAGAAGAUUCAUUUGGGAAUCAAAUCUUACAAAUGCUUUGAUUGUGGAAAACGUUUCACCUUGCGUCAGUCUCUUUACAGUCAUGAGAAAAGACACAAAGGGGAGAAAAACGAAAAGUGCCUCGAAUGUGGGAAAUGUUUUAUCUUUAAAUCAAGCCUGGUGCAACAUCAGAGACGUCACACUGGAGAGAGACCCUAUGAAUGCGAAGAAUGUGAGAGAAGAUUUAUGGAUCCUUCUGAGUUCCGGAUACACCAGAGGAGGCACAAAGGAGAAAAACCCUAUGAAUGUGGGGAGUGUGGGAAAAGUUUCCUUACACGAACAGAGAUCCGGAAUCAUGAGACAAUCCACACGGGAGAGAAGCCAUUCAAAUGUGAAGAGUGUGGGAAAUGUUUCUCCAUAAAACAACAACUUAAAACCCAUCAGAGGAUCCACACAGGAGAGAAGCCCUACAAAUGCGGAGAAUGUGGAAGAUGCUUUCGACACGUGGGAGACCUUUCGAUACAUCAUAGGACCCACACAGGGGAGAAGCCAUAUCAAUGCAACGAAUGUGGAAAGUUUUAUAGUACCACAUCAGCCCUUGGAACGCAUAGGAAAAUUCACACGGGGGAAAAAAACUUCAAAUGUUUGGAAUGCGGCAAAGCAUUUAUUCAGUCAGGCUCCCUGAUACGUCACAGCCGAAUCCAUACAGGAGAGAAGCCCUAUAAAUGCUCAGAGUGUAAUAAAUGUUUUUCUCAGAAAGUUGCUCUUUUAAAGCAUCAGAGAAUCCAUACCGCAGAACAACCACACAAUGAGGAUGAAGACAAUUAAUCAGUGGAACAGUUUGCCUCCAGAAGUUGUGAAUGCCCCAACAUUGGAAGUCUUU